AUGGCCGAAUCCUCGUCUGUCCCUUUUGGGGCCCAGCCGACAUCGCCAUCAAGUAUGCCGCCAGCUUUGCCUCCAGUGCAGUUAGACUUUGUCUACAACAUGAGUCAAGCACAGGCAACAGUCGCAUUUGGCGCCAUUGUGACAAUUAUCACCACUGUGUCGGUAGUUGUUCGCUUGUAUACCCGGUAUUUCAUCACAAAGCAAGUCCGAAUUGACGAUGCUUUUGCUAUUAUCGCUUUACUUUGUACUUUUUCUGUCAACGUCAUGCAGAGCGUCUUUGCCAUACGGUAUCUUCCUAUAAUAAAAGCAAUGAUUAUAGAAGGGCACGAUGGUUCAAAGCUCCCAUAUGCAGUUGCAAUCACUUACAAUGUUGCCAUGGCUUGUUUGAAGUUGACGUUUUUGUUUCAAUUCUAUCACAUAUUCAGACACGUCCGUGUCAUGAAAACUGUCUAUCUGGUCGCCAUCCUCACAGUCGGGGCCUGGAGCUUGGCGCAGAUUAUUCUCGCAAUCUUGGUCUGCGUGCCCAUUCAAGCCAACUGGGAUCUCACUGUUUCGGGUGCUGUGUGCCUGCCGACCUAUGUAUCAACAUACAUCAAUGCCACAGGGACAAUGGUGACUGACAUCAUCGUGCUGUUCUUACCUCUCCCUACUUUAUGGGGCUUGAAGUUACGUGGCCGCCAAAGAUGGGCUGUAUUCGGUGUCUUCGGAAUUGGUGCAAUCGUCCCCAUCAUUUCAGCCGGACGUAUCUGGAGCCUAACUCGCCCACCACCCAAAGGCUAUCUGAGCACAGCAUGCUGGACAAUUGCGGAACUGGGUGUCGGUGUGACUACUGCAUCAUUAGCAACGAUUCGCCAUCUUCUAGAUCGAAAAGUUAAUGGGUUAUUUCGGGCAGAGCCUAGCUCAGAAGGAGCGGUAUCUCAAGACGCCACGCAACAGUACUCUCACCAGCGCUCUGGAAGCGAGGUAGAUUUGAUACACGGCGGCCUGACCGGCAGACAAAGCGCGUUGAGCUUCAAGUUGUUCAGCAAGAAGCGGGUCUACACAGAUUCAACUUUAGGUGCCCAGGAUCAACAAUCGGCUCUCACCCCAAACAAAGGAUCAACUAAAACCAAUAUUACAUCUACUCGAAGCCAGGAAAUGUCCAUGUCGGAAGGAGCCGCCACGUUUCUCGGGGAGUUUGGAAUCCGAGUUGAGAAAACCUGGGUGGUCGAAGAGAUUCGUUUGGAAUAG